AUUAUGCCGAAGGGGCGAAAGAACCGAACGAUAAACGCAGAUUUCCUCGUAGAGCUCGGACCUGCGACUAUCAGGCGGCAGUGAACUAAUUAGCGCAUUUGAUUCUAUAAAUAGAGGCAAAAUCAGUUUUUACUUCACAGGAAAGAAGCGAAAGUGGAUCACAAUGGGGAGCAUCAUCUUCAUCUUAUCCAUUUUCGUUGCUUUUAUCGCAGUCUUCCUGUUCAAGUUCCUCACCUCCGAUGCGGAUUUCAAUUUAUUGUCCAAGGGGAAAGUGAAGCGCAAAGAAAUCGAGGACAAGGUUAUUUGGAUUACUGGAGCAAGCCGUGGAAUAGGGGAGAUCCUUGCCAAGCAACUUGCCACUCUAGGAGCAAAACUCAUUUUAUCUGCUCGAAAUGAAGCUGAACUGGAGCGUGUGAAGCAACAACUUGCCGGAAAACACGCGCCAAAUGAAGUGGAAAUUUUGCCAUUAGAUUUGACGGCAAGUGAAGAUAUUCUUAAAAAGGCGGUAGAGAAAGCUGAAUCUUUUUUUAAUGGAGCGGGUGUGGAUUAUAUGUUCCACAAUGCAGCCUAUGAGCGUCCUAAAACAGCAGCACUGGAUGUCACAGAAGAAGGCCUCAAGGCUACUUUUAAUGUCAAUGUUCUGGGACCAAUAUCUCUGACACGAUUGCUAGCACCAUUCAUGCUGAAGAGGGGAAGAGGACAUUUUGUUGUGAUGAGCAGUGCUGCUGGAAAGGCUCCUGCACCAGGUCAGGCGGUGUACUCGGCUUCCAAAUUUGCAGUAAAUGGGUACUUUCACACAUUGCGUUCUGAGCUUUGUAAGAAAGGGAUUAAGGUAACAAUAGUUUGUCCAGGACCUGUAAAAACAUCAAGUACCUCAGGAGCGGGGGGUGCCUCUGAGAAGCGAGUCUCAUCUGAACGGUGUGCAGAGUUGACCAUUAUUGCUGCCAGCCAUGGUCUCAAGGAAGCCUGGAUAUCGUAUCAGCCUGUGCUUGCUGUAAUGUACUUAGUGCAGUAUAUGCCAGCAAUUGGAUACUGGCUAAUGGACAAGAUUGGGGCAAAACGCGUAGAAGCUGCAGCUCAAAAGGGCAACACCUACUCCUUGGGUUUGCUCUUUGACAAAAAGAAGGCACAGUGAACAGAAAACCACUUGGUAAAACAAUAAUGGCACACCUGUCUCCAAGCGCCUUAGUUUCAAGAACACAAGAAAUUUGUCAAAAGUAUUUUUACUGAUCAGUGCUUGAAUACGCCAAUGUAAAGAAUACUCAGAAAGAUUUGCCAUUUUGUUGUACUGAAUAUUAUCAAUUUAUUGAACGUCUAAUUUUACUUAAAAGUUGAGUAAUUCA